GUGUCGCUGCUGGUGACAAGUGCUCACUGCACGCCACACUCUCGCUCUCUCUCUCUCUCACUCAACUCUCUCGCUCUCUCUCCCUCCCUCACUCCUGUCUACUGCACCACCUAACUCAACCCACCCGCCAAACAUGGAUAUUUUUGAGCGAGUGUUUGGCUGCUGUUGAAUGUAUUGGCGUUAUUGUUAGUUUAGCGCGAGAGACGUGACCCACAGCGCUGUAGGCCUACGUGACGAAAUGUAUCUUUUUGUUAGUGUGAAGAUAAAUACCUGCAAAUGGUGUCGAUUUGUUUAAUUAGUGUAUCAUACUAGGGAAGGCAGGUGUUUUAUGGUGGUGAGAAGUCAACAGAAAGAGGGCACUGGGACCACUGGUAGUGAAAGUGAUGCCGGAGAUGGAGAAUUUGAACCUACGGCGGAAAUGCUAGUUGAUGACUAUGAUGAUGAGAGAACAUUAGAUGAAGAGGAGGAUAUGGAAGAGGGGAGUGAUCGGGAGCAAGAAAUUGAUAAUCUUGAAAAGGAACAGGACAUGCCCAUUGCACAGCUGCUGGCUAUGUAUGGAGGAUAUCCACCUGAAGAAGGUGAGGGAGAGGUGGGGGAACAAGCUAAUGGAGAGAGUGAAAGAAAUCGGGGAGAAAAAGAAAACAGUAAUGAAGGAGCAAUAGAGAAUGAGGCAGUUGAGAAGGAAACUGAGGAUCAUGAAGAACCAGAAGUUAUAUCCUCAAGAUCUUCUACUUCUGAGGAAAACGUAAACAACCAUGAGAAGAUACAAAGGAACAAAAAGGAUACCAAACAGCAUCAGACCAUUGGGUCCAAACGAAGCUGUUUAUAUAGUAGAAGACUUAUGGUGGCCCAAACAAUGAAAGCUGUGGAUUUGAAUCGAGGAGUUGCGGUUGAAAAUCAGUCUUCCACCGUACAACUUGAGCCGUGUGAACUACAAGCUGACCCGUUCCUAGCCGGCAGACAAGAAGAAAUAAAACCAGAAGUUAAGCCGGAGAGAAAGCGGAGAGAAAAAACUUCUGAAUUGGCACAACUAUAUGCAGACAUGGAUACAAACGGCGACACUCCCACUCCUUCCUCUUCCCGGUCACUCAGAUGUCACAGACCUUUGGGAAUCCUAUCGACAGGCAGCUCACGGCAACAAAGUGAAGAGGAAGAGGAAGAUGAAGGGGAAUAUUCUGGAGAGGAGGAGGACUGGCAUAAAACUAUUAUGAUUGGCUCAGCCUACCAGGCUCAAGUACCAGAGGGCUUACAAGCAUACGGUGCAACUCCUCCCUAUGAAAAUGAAGACAAACUUCUUUGGGAACCUGGAAAAUUAAGUCCUAAACAAGUAGAGGAGUACCUGCGGGCACUGAGUCAGCCCCCACCUGGUUCUCAAGGUGUUGCCGCCAUUCCUCUUGGUAAACAUGUUCGAGAUGAUGAACAGGCAUUAUAUUUGUUACUUCAAUGUGGGUAUAAUGUAGAUGAAGCUUUACGUAGACACCGGAUGAAUCCAACACCACUGGCCUCCACAAUGACACUAUGGUCUGAGGAAGAGUGUAGAAAUUUUGAAAAUGGGCUUAAAACCUAUGGAAAAGAUUUUCAUCUAAUACAACAAAAUAAGGUUCGGACGAGAUCGGUGGGCGAGUUAGUACAGUUUUAUUAUCUCUGGAAGAAAACGGAAAGACAUGACCUCUUCGCUACGAAAACAAGAAUAGAAAAGAAAAAAUACAUAGUUCAUCCUGGCACUACUGACUACAUGGACCGGUUCCUGGAUGAAGGAGAAGGAGGUGGAGGUCCUGUGUCGUGGCGUGACAACCGCUCGUCCUCUCCCAGUCUCCACGCACUCUUGUAUGGGCGUCCGCCUCCAGGAACCACUGCUGGAGCAGCUGGCGUUGGGGUGGAGAUCUCCGCUCCUGCAACUGUUGCUCAACCUACCCAGUCCACUCCUGCAACACAAGUUAGUGGAGGCAAUAUUAACAAAGAUGCCGAGACUUCGGUAACUUACUCUGGACUAAACCAGAUGGAGGACUUGGCAAGGCACUUGGACCCCGACUCUCUGGAGUCCCUGGCCAAAAUAACUUCUCCAAACGCUUCUGUAUCAAUUGCUAGAACUGCAAAAAGAACCACUAGUCCUCAUCCUAUGGAUGUGGAUUUAUCUAUAUCACGUUCCUCCCUUCUAGCCUCACAAACAAUUGGUGUAGAGGCUAAAAGUGUUGCAAUGGCAGAAACUGUUGCACAGUGAAAAUAAAUAUACUAUUUGCCUUUUUAAUAUGUGUGAGUGGUGUGGUGGUUGUGAAAAGUGCAAGUGUUUGUUACCAGUGUUUCUGCCUGUGGAUGUUAACAAGAGGACACACGCAGUCUGCCUUUUGUAAUUUUAAUGAUCCAAGAACAUUGAGGUGCAAUCAGCCUGGUGAAGUUUUGCAGCUUUUGAGAUGGUGUUAAGAUCUAUAUAGCUCAGUGAAAUUAAUCUUGGCACUUGUGUUCAUUAUUUAAACUCUGGAAAUAAUGUAUACAAGUAUUUACUGGGAACAUGAAGUACAGUCGAGCCGAUGAUUCCAACAAGCAGGGAAAGUGUCCGAACCCUGUGGAAUAUUUUUUCUUCUUUAUCUGACAUUUGUCUGUCCAUUAGGUGAUCUAAUGGGCAGUAGGAAAUUACUACGUAAUCUUUUUAAUCUCACACUAUUCAAUAUAUCAAGUAUUAAUAUUUUUACAUUUUUGUGAAAUUCAUUGGGUUUCCUAUCCUGUAUAGUCCUAUAUUACUUUUAUUAUUUAAUUCUGAGGAAGCAUGCCAGCUUUCAUGUAUAGUAUUCCUGUUUGGUUGUGUAAAUAUGGUUACUGCUGCACUUAUAUGACAACUAAUUAAACAGGUUUUUUAACGUUUCAGUAGAUGAAACCAGUAUGAUGUGGCAAGUUUUCACUGUCAGGAAAGUCAUCGUAAAAAGGGCUUUGGUAAAAAUCUGUGUUUUCUAAUGUUAUAUAUGUUUGAAGUUCUCUUUAUUUUUAAAGACUUAUCCACCAGUACUGUAUCAAGUAUAUUCCAUUCCAGAGUUGAGUGACUGAAAUAUUUGCACAAUGUUUCACUAGAAAAUCUACUUCAUGUUUAGGCAAUUUUGGACUCUUGCAUUUCUAGAGUCCUUACAGUUUAUUGCCAGCCCUAGGUGUGGGUGUGAUAAAAAUGAACUUAGACAAACCCCAGAUAAAUCCCAGGUACUGUUUAACCCUCCUGAAAUGUUUAGACUUUCUGAGGCAGUGGUCAGCUUCACUUCCUUUGACCUUACAGUACUGAAAGAGUCUCUCUUUCUCUCUCUUUAUUUUACUUUAUUAUUUUUUUCCAAUUUCCAUUUAUUAAAAAAAUUAAUUCCAAGCUGAACUGAAUUGCUUGCUCAAAAAUAUAGGUCAUAUAUUAUUUUAUAUUAUCUAUACCUAAUACCAAACUACAUAAGUGAAAGUGUGCAACAAGAGUUUGUUUAUUCUCGGCUCAUCUUAAGAGAGAAAAAUUGAAUAAUUUUUUUUUUAUCAUUCCUCUAGUGCAACAACAAAUUUUGUUGCAAUUUCCAAAUUGACUGGUGAAAAUUGUGUUCAUUUUUGCACUUUUAUAUACUGUACUGUAGGUGUAUUCCUCACUUUGUGUAAUUCACUGACCUUCAUAUUUUGUUUAGUGGCUGCUUAUCAUUGUUUGAAUUUUGAUUUAAAAACUUUACUAUUUAAUAUUCAUUUUAGCUUAUCACAAAAAUUGUAUCUGAUCAGCCACUGCAUCGUUGUUAUCUUUUGCUCUUCUCUUCCCUUUUUAUUUACCCUCACACUAUCAUCCCUUCCCUUUCUUCUUUGUUUACCUCUGCCACCUUCCCGUCGCUAUUGUACCUUUUUCUCCGCUCAUCCUCUUCUGUCUUUCCUUCCUCACCAUCCCUGGCAUGACAUACUAGUUAGUAAAAUGUCAAAGUUUCACAAAGCUUUGUCUGGGUUGAACCUCCUUUUGUGCUAGGAAGUAAAGUAACGUUUAAAAUAAAUCUGGUACAGACCAACACUUUUCUUGUGUCAGGUGGAUGCUUACCAACUCCUUGUGAGAUGCUCAUCUAAGUUUGGGAAGUGUGUCAUUAGAAGCAAGUAUUUCCCGAGUCUCCUGCCGUCUUAUUGGAAAUGGUUACAUUAUCUCUUUACUAAUAACUUUUUAAUUAUUUAAUCAUUGAUAAUUAUUAGACUGGAUAAGGAAUUUAAAUCAUAUUUAUAAUUUUAUAUAAAUAUUUCAUUUAUAGUAGAAGGGGUUAUUUAGGUGACUUUUCAAGUUAUAUUGAUUAUUUAACCUCUGGAAGGGUGACUACACGAUGGUGUUAGCACAAACUUGAGAGGUAGAAGUGUAUAUUUAUAUCAUUUAUCUUCUUGUUAAUCUCAUGAAUUUAGAUCUAUCACUGAAUGAACAACAUAUUCAUUUGUCUUUCCUAACAGUAUUUUUCACCAGAAUGGUAGUUUGUGUACUGCUACAGACAUUUUAACAAAUGAUUACACUGAUACUUGUAAAAUUCUGUGAACUAUAUACAUUUUGAGUGUAAUGCUUACUCCAGCAAUGUUACUUUAGAAUUUACAUCCACAUUGGACUGCCCUUUGUAAUAUACACUGGAGUGAGCUUCUGUUCUGAAAUUUGCAAAACCUUUAGAAAGACUUGCAAGGAUUUCUUGAAUAAUGUUGGGUUGAAAUUAAUUAGCUUCGAAGGACCACUUAGUUAAUGGACUGUGUAUACAUUCUGUAUGCAGGUCUGUGUACAAAUAAUUAUAGUAGCGUGUCAACUAACCUUAGCCACCUAUUCCACUGGGUUUUAUAUUCUUCAGUUAAAUUGUGAUUGCCAGUGGGUUCAUUAAAAAAUAUAUAUAUAAAAGCACAUUAUAGUUAAUGAGAAAAUGUUGUAAUGUUUGAGUACGGUGAACUGCAGAUAUUUUGUGUGCGUACUCAUUAUUGAGCUUUUCUUGUCUCCUUGAUGCUGCUUCCAACACCACCUUUUGGCCAGUGACUUUAACAAUUGUAUAUACAAAUUUAUUUUAUGUUAGGAAAAGAGCCAAAUUACAGUAUGAUAAAUUGCUGUUUACAUAACUAGCAAGUUUUAGUAGGUUUGUGGGGAAAGUGCAACUCACGAGAGAACUUUAAUAUUUUUUAAGGAAAAAGGUCGGGUGUGGCUAAGGGAAUAAUAAUAUUGUACAGUAUAUAAUUUUUUGUAUACUGUACUUGUUUAUUCAAUGUAAAAUAAAUGGCACUUGUAUGAAUUAAAAACAUUUUAUAUAAAAUGCUUAGGAAAAGAUCUCCAUGGAGGUUUGACCCCACUCUGUAAAAGUUGUGGACGAGAUUACCAAAAAUUAACAUAGUGCCUCCCUUAUAAAUACUUGUGUACAGUUGAAAUAUUACAGCAUUGAGAAGGCUAUGUUCUCAUUAUAACUGCUUUAUAUUGUAAUGAAAUGGGCAAUCACUUAAUUAAAGAGGUCAGUCAGUCAGUGAUAUUACAAGAUAGUUUUAGAAUUCAAGAGCUCAGCAUUGUUCAAUAAGGGUAGUAGUAAAUUAUGUACCGAGUUAAAAGUUAUUUAAAGAAAGCAAGAAGGGAAAAAUCCUGUUGAGUUGCCAAAUAAAAAUACAUGUUCAAAGUGCAUGUAUAACUAAUAAAUUGUAUUCAUUCAUUUUUGGGGAAACUCUAGUCUAGGGUGAAUGACAGCAACACUAGAGAUGAGCAGUGUAUAUAUAUUGAGGACUUGGUGUAAAGAACUAUUUAGAGGGCUUCUUAGUUUUGUAACAUUUUAUGAAUGAAAUGUUUUUAAUUAAUUUAAAUUUGUUUUGGAGCUUCUCUGAAGGUAUGAAGAAGAGAACUGGAUAUAAUUAUAGUAGUAUGUAGGCAGCAGGAAGCAACACCUGGUUUUGAAUUUUGAUGGUACAAUCAAAGUUCUCUCAUCUCUGAACUCUGUGCCUGGAAAGAACAUUUGAAACUGUCGACAAAGAAUUAAAGAGGAGUUUAUUCCACAAGAAAAGGAUGAUAAUGGGUGCUAUAAAUUUCUUUGUUAGGUGUAUUUCAGAUGGCAGAAAAACUACCAUAGGUUGUAGUUUGUAAAAUUGAUAUAUUAAUGGCGAGAAGUGAUUGAUAAAGUCAUAUCCUGCUGUUCUUGACCCAGAUUGAAUGGUUUUGUGUCGUGUACAGUAAGAGGACACUUUAUUAUAAUUUAAAUUUAGUAUUUAAAUUCUCUCUUGUGGCUAAUUAACAAUAGGGCAGGACUUUGUCAAUACUUUUUCGACUAUAAACAUUGAAAUUUUACCACAUACAAUUUGUGAACAUGCUGAUAUCUUAAAAAUCUAAAUCAUAAUUUGAUGUGAAUACUGUACAGCAUAUGCAAGUUUUAGCAAUGGUAUGCUUGUGAACUGUUCCAUUAUUCUGAAAAGAGAAUAAGGUAUUCCAAAUUAGGUUUAGGGCCUGAGAUGCUAUAUAUGAGUUACUUUCAGUUGGAAACAAAAAUAUAAAUAAUGCUUACGAAAGUCACCAGUGAUAAAACUAUUAAUGGCCAAGAUGGAAUUACUGCUGAUGAGGCUCGUUGCUUUACCCAAAGUGUGCUUGUAUGUUCUUUAUUUGAAGCCGUGAAUCUUUAUAAGAGUAUGUAGUUCCAAUAGUAUGUUGACCAUCUUUCAGUCUCUCACAAAGCCUUGACCUUGUUGCAUUACAGUAAAUACACUGUGCAAAAGCAUGAUGUAUUUAAGUCUUACAUACACUGGAUGUUAUAAAAGUUUAAAGCUUUGAGCAUUUUGGUUUUGCAACACAGUAUCCAUAGUAAUUUGUACUAAUUGGCUGAUAUUUGCUGAGUGCUGGACUACACUAAGUCAAGCUAGUUGCAAGUUGUUCUGACCACUUAGCCUUUCCUCUAGCAUGAUUCUUUUUAUAAUAUUAAUUCUGCCGUUCAGUAGUAAAAAUAUGAGAGUUUAAGAUAAGAAAAUUGUUGAGCAAGAGAAAGCUAUCAGUUUUUUGAAGCAUAAAUAAAAAAAGGUGUAUUGUUAAAUUUCAUGACUUUGCAUUGCAUAGAAUGAAGAGAAAUAAAUGUAUAAACAUUAGGUAACAGAAAUCUUCUAGGAGAUAGGUUAUGCUUCAGUAGGAAGUGAUUUUGGGUAAAUAUUCUUGUUCACAUCUUGACAUAAAUAUGUUCUGGAGCAACUUCAAUGCACAGUACUACUUUGUAAUUAUAUAUCUAUACUGGUAUAUUAAAUUUAGUCAGUAUAUUUUCAGAUAGAAUUUGAAAUUACCAGUUUUUAGAGUGAAUUGAUUGUGUAGGGAAAUUUGAGUGUAAGAAUGGAAUGAUUAAUGAUUUUAAUAGUGUUUUACCCCUUGUGUGAGCUCUCACAAGCACUCUCGCUGAACAACUCAACACCUAACCAGCUAGACUCUUGAUUACACUUCAAGGUUACAUAGCCAUCAUUUAUAUUGAUUAUAAAACAAAAUAUAUUUUUUUUCUCAAGUGAACUUCACUUGUACUCUUAAGUAAUCGUUAUUUUAGGUUAAACGUCUCGAGGCUCAUAUCCAUACUUCCAGGAUUAAAUGAAAAUAUGGAAUAUCAAAUUAGUUGUGUUAGAAUAAUGAGAUGCUAAUGGUAUGUUUGCAUGUUGACUGUGUUGUGAGGGUGAAGUGUUGAGAAUAGUUGUGCAAUAGCAGAACUGUUGACUUGCGCACAGUUGUGACCUUGUAAAGAUAUGCGGGUAACCUGUAUCUGUGUUUGUAUAAAACCUAACACAAAGUUUUAAUUUUUUUUUUUUUUUUGGAGGGGGGGGGGGCUUUGUCUUGUAUGUUCAGCAUUACAAGUAUAUCAUUUCAAAACUGCUUAAGAAUUUUACAGUAACUUGCCAACUUAACAUCAGCAAUAGGAUAUGUAAAUAUGAAUGACCUUUACAAGUGAAUGUAAUCAAAAGUUACACUUGCCUUCUAUUACAAAGAGAACACGAAACGUGUUACGUACAUGUAUUAAUGGUCAAUUAUUUACGUAUGUCAAAUUAUUUCCUCCUCUUUCUUCCCCUGUCAAUUGCUUCCAUUCUUGUUAUUUGUGCAGUGCUCCACUAAUCUGUUAAGGUGGGAGGUAUACCAGGUUAUUAAGGUGUGAAGAUAUACUGUGUAUAUAUUUGUUUGUAUAUAGAAUUAUGUUAAUUAUUAAUGGCUUAACCUCCCACCGAAGGUUUGUAUUGAGCACGGGGAGUUGACACUCUACUCUAGUUCCAACAGUACAAAAGUUCUCAAAUUGGCCAUUUAUCUAAGCAUUUAAUGUUUUUCUCUUUAUCUUGAAGUUAAAAAAAAUACCAACUUUUAUUCACCCGAUUAAUACAAGCAAAGGCAGUAGAUUCAUUGUAAUUUUAACUAUGUUCUUUUUAAUUUAUAGGAAAAUAGAAUAUUUUAUUGUAAAUAAAGAAUACUUCUUGUAAA